GGAAGUUACGAACUUGAUAAAAGUGCACACACGCACAGACUGAGACUGCAAAGCACAUUAGGCAUAAAAUGGCUCAGCCAGCGUCCCUUGAGACUGUUCCUAAAGAUCAAAGAAAUUUAAGAGCCUGCUUAUUAUGUUCCCUCGUCAAGACAAUUGACCAGUUUGAGUUACAUGGAUGUGAUAAUUGUGAAGAAUAUCUUCAUCUGAAGAACAACAGAACAGCAGUAUAUGACUGUACCAGUUCUAACUUUGAUGGGUUCGUUGCUCUUAUGGAUCCAAAAGACAGCUGGGUGGCUAAGUGGCAGCGAGCAGGAGGUUUUGUAAAAGGAUGCUAUGCCAUAUCAGUAACAGGACGUUUACCACCAGGUGUUGUUCGAAGUAUCAAACAGAAAGGACUCAUUUACAGAUCUAGAGACACGAGUCAGAAAUCAUGAUGUAAUCAGUUGUUAUAUAGUAACAGGAAAAAGAGAAUACUUCAUUGGACAUUGGGAGUUCAACCAGCAGCAUAAAUGCCUGAGAACUAAGGCCAUGUUGCCUGAUCCUGUUAUGAAAAAUGUUGAUGAAAACUUUUAAGAUGUCUGUUCACAAUGAUCUAAACAUAACUUUUACAUUACAUAUACAAAAUGUGAAAAUACCAGUGAAAUAAAAGAGGUAUUCAUGUUCCACAUGUACCAGGAGAUAUUGAUACUGGGUUGAUGUCUCUCCUUGUGGACUGAAUUUUUUUAGGUUAUUCACCCAACAGCCAUAAGUUACAUUGGUACAAUCAUGACUUAAACAUGUUAAAAGAUGCAUUGUGAUAUAUUUGUAAAUUUUCAUUUAAAAAGUAAGAUAAUUUUAUCAAAACUUAAGUCACUUCUCCCUCAAGCAAAGUUGACCUUCAACCAUGUCAAUGAAUUUAAAUCUUCUCGAUUGUCCCUUAAUUAUGUUGAGAUCCUCAAACUGCUAGUCUCAUGUGUAUCUGAUGAAGGACAUUCUAAAAACAUGUCAUGUGCACUGAAAUUAGUAUCAUAUGUAUGUAAAAUAAUCAUUCUAGUUUUGCUUUAGUUCUUAAAAUGAAUACAGUUGACAAGUUCAGUGUAAAAUAUUUUAGUGUCAUGUUGCUAAAGACACUUCUUAUACAUAGAUAUUAAAGACAAUUUUGUAAUGCUUGUUAAAACAGCAGUUUCAUCUAAAUGCACAUAUUUAUUGAAUUGAUCUAGUCUUUCCAUUUAAAAUUGAUAGGUAUUUUAUUUCAAUACUAUUGCAAUUAAAUAAAUGCAAAUGUAAAAAUAACUUAUUAUUAUAACUGAUCAAAAGAUUGGUAUCAAAACAUAGGGUUCCACGAAUAAAAAAGCUUGCAACUUGAGUCAAUACUGUAAUAUUAAAAACUAAUAACGUAUUUCAGUGUUGUCUUCUAAAAAAUUAAUUGUGUCAUCCUUGUUCUUAUAAUAUGUAUGUUUUAUUGUUUUUCUUAUUUUAUAUUUGCAAGAAAUUAAGAGCAGUAUGAUAUGCUUGAUAUUAUUGUUGCUUAAUUGUGGGUAAGACGACAUGGUAUGUGUGCAAUUUGUGUGAGUCAGAGUGAACCAAUACGUGUAAACAUUUGUGUAAUAGGGAAGAGAAAUAUGUCAAUAAACAUUUAAUAAAGACA